AUGCUGAUGCAGUCAGACACGCCUGUCUCGAAGAGAAGAGAUGUCGAAGCUUGUGACACGUUGACAACGGCCGGUGAGGACGCGGACUCGAACGCGCUUCAAGUAGUUUUACAGGGGCGAGCUGCCGGCUAUACGUGGUCUGACCGUCGAACAGCGCUUGAUCGCCUCUGCGAAAGUCUGAAAACGACGACAGCACUGGCGUGGCUGUCUAGGUUUCCCGAGCUGUUCGCGGUGGAGGGCGCUGGGCGUCUCGGUGUGGCCCUGUGCCAGCACGCAGAGGAACUGCGUCCGUCUAUUGUGGCGAGUGCGUGUCGCCUUGUUCACCAGAUAGCGGCAUCCUUACAACAGUGCAUAGAGACCGUUGACAGCGGCCGUCGUUGUCAUGUUGAGGCAUGGGCUCGCACGUUCCACGCUCGUGUGCACCAGGGCGUCUACAGCGCGGUGACAGCGCACGUCACGAGCGCGACUGCAGUCGCACACGCCGCGUUGGAGGCGCUGAAUGAGCUGGCAGUGAAAGUGGAUGAAGAGCGUUGCUCCGUCGAGCGCGAUGAACACGAACAGCAACAGGUCCAACGAGCGGACGCUGGUGAAACGUCACCACAAGUAGAGGAGCUUCAGACGGACAUGACAGGCGCUAGCUGCAGUCACGCUCGUGCGACCAUGCUCUCGGGUGACAGGAAAAAAGCCACGAGUGAGGAAACGGAUGCAUCCGCAAAACUCAGCCCACAACUCGAGCUUGAAGCUGAUCUAGAGCAUUGGGCAGCGCCGCUGGCAGCCAAUGCUAGCAGCGUCCUCGACUAUUCCUUGUCCGUACGCAAGCAUAUCUCACUCGUUUCAAGGAACGAGAGGAACGCUUCCCUGGAUUGUCCCAGGACGGGUUCACCCGUAGGCUCGCACGAGAAUGCUCUGUCUACCACAAGUGCGGCUUCUGCAGACAAAGAGAAUACCGAGGCAGGCGGCACGCGAGACAACGGCAGCCGAACGGCGCUCGCCCUGCGCAGUGCACCACCAGCCGUGCACAGGCCUGAAACGGCAUCAAAUGCGCCACUGAAUAAGACCGAGGCCGACGCUGCGCUCGUUGAAAAGAACCGAGAACUGACUGCGAUUCUACAACAGUAUGAGGCGACUUUAGAAACGUUGAUUCAGAGCGAAACCGAGUCGCAGGCUUGCAGUGUUCGCACCAAACUCCUUAACCUGGACACGGAGAACAAUCAGUUGAAGGCUGAUCUGCUCACAUGUACGGAAGCUUUCGAACAGCUUCGUUCAAGGUAUCGAGAUUUGAAAGAAAAGCUUCAAGUCGCUCAGGAAAAUGAGCGACGAGCGACUGCCAUCGCCCAGACAGCCUCCGAAAGAAUGGACGAAAUGGAGCGAUACCUUCGGGAAUUCAAGCACCAUGCCGAACAGAAACUGACGCAGGCUUUUCAGCUGGUUAGCCAGAGCAAAAACGACGUGAUGACCAGGGACGCCACCAUUACGUCUUUGGAAAAGGCCCUUGAAGCCAAGCGUACGGAAUGCGCAGAGAAAGACGCCGCUAUCAGCGAAGCCAUGCACAUGUACCGUCGAGCGGAGAGCUCGCAAGAGCAACUGCAGGCGCGUAUCGUAGCUCUUGAAAACGAGAUGCAAGCGCUGCGCUCCAGGGCUCAAACUGCCGAAUCCGAACUGGAGGUGUUGCGUUCGGAACUCGCAGUCAGUGGGCCCAGUAACCUGCUAGGUGAUGCGAGUGCCCCGCUGGGACCCCAGCUGGAGGAACUCCGCUCCGCGCUGGCAGCUGCACGUUCCAGGGAAGAAACGCUCCAGCGCGAACUCAAAAGGCUCAAUAAUGAAAACCAGAGCCUCAAAGCGCGCACCUAUGAUCAUCUGCAGACCAUCGAGUCGCUCCGUGCUGAACUGCAGCGGCCAAAGCCAGUUCCAACCCCAGCCCUUGGCAUAGACGCUGCGGAGGUUGAGCGUUUGCGCGACGAGAACGAGGAGCUGCACCAGCUCUGUAACACCCUUCUGGAGAAACUAGAAGCGCUCGAAGCGAGAACUUCUGCAGCGCACUAG